ACUUCUCUCCCCGCCCCUCCUCCAUCAGCUGAUGCUUGUAAAUACGUUUGGUUGCCAGGAAGUAAACUAGUGUGCGUGCCAAGAUGGAAAAUGAAGGGACAAAACAUCUUCAAGCAAAAAUAAUCGCGCUUUUGAGGGUAUAGUACAUCUUUUUUCAAGUUAUAGCUAGAAAACUGGAACGUAUCAGCUUUGGAAAUGGAUAUUCAUGGAAGAAGUCAACCAUGGGGGAAGUUAGUAAAAGUGGACACUGAAUCGGAAGUAUUGCUUGUCAACAGGGAAUACACUGUCGGGCGAAGAAAAGGCUGUGAUCUUUCCUUUCCUGCUAGUAAACUGGUCUCGGGGGAUCACUGUAAGAUCGUCCAGGAUGAGAGAUCAGGGUUGGUGUGGCUAGAGGACACGAGCACCAAUGGUACAGUGAUUAACAUGUCAAAGCUGGUGAAAAAGCAGGUUCAUAUGCUGCAGAAUGGAGACGUCAUCUACUUUGUGUACAGGAAAAACGAGCCAGAGCUAAAUAUUGCCUACAUUUAUCAGUCCAUAAAACCAGAGAGGACAUUCUCACAAGACUCAAUUGGCAACGCCACCAAAUGCUCAGAUAUGCAGCAGAAUGCCCAACCCUGCCCUGUUCCAGCAGCAGUGUCUGUGGAGCCAUUCCUGGUUGGACCUCCAUGGGAGCAGCAGGCCUUAGAAGAGCCCCAGCCCUCCACCUCCUCCUCCUCCCACCACCUCCACACGUUCUCCCCCUCUGCAGCCUCCCUCCUGCACUCCUCUGCCUCAGGUUCCGAGGGUCCUAAAUGUGCUGCAUCCUCUGUAGGCAAGGCUGAGGAGCCCAACUCUAACCUCCUCUGCUCAACAGACGUGCGACAGACGGAAGCCCAGAGCGGAGUCACAAUGCUGGAUAAGGAAGAGGGGGAUAUGGAGCCAGAGAGCAAGAGGAGGAAAACUGAUGGUGCUGAUAAGAACUAUGAUUUUGGACUGCCACAUACUUCCAGUAUUGAGGUGGUGGGCCCAGCUAAGGGAACUCUUAUCAUGGAUCUAUUGGGAAAAGCUGCCGUGACUGUGGAAGGAGCCACGACUGACAAAAUGGAGGAGUCCCUCACCUGUAUCAUCUGUCAGGACCUACUUCAUGACUGUGUCAGCCUGCAGCCCUGUAUGCACACCUUCUGUGCUGCGUGUUACUCUGGCUGGAUGGAGCGCUCGUCUCUCUGCCCCACCUGUCGCUGCCCGGUAGAGAGGAUCCGCAAGAACCACAUCCUCAACAACCUGGUGGAGGCCUACCUUAUCCAAAACCCAGAGAAGUGUCGCAGUGAGGAGGACCUGAAGAGCAUGGACAGCCACAACAAGAUAACUCGGGACAUGCUGCAGCCAAAGAUUGAGCGUUCCUUCUCUGAUGAAGAGGGCAGCUCUGAUUAUCUCUUUGAGCUCUCUGACAAUGACAGCGACACCUCCGAUAUCAGCCAGCCCUUUGUGAUGUGCAGACAGUGUCCAGGCUACAGGAAGGAGGUUAGCCAGGUACUGUGGGCCAUAGGACCAGCCCCACCAACUCCUGAGGACAGGGCUGGGAAACCCCAUGGAGAGAGGCCAUCAACAUCAUCACGCUCUGACCUCCCCACUACAGCUCCUCGGGAGUACAUGUGUCCUCCUCAGGGCAGCCAUGUCAUCUGCACCUGCUGCCUGCAGCCCAUGCCAGACCGCCGCGCCGAACUCUCCGCUCAGCAAUGUGUGGCGUGCCAACGGCCCUUCUGCCACAUGUACUGGGGCUGCCAGAGGAUCGGCUGUCAAGGCUGCCUAGCACGUUUCAAUGAACUCAACCUUACAGACAAAUGUCUGGACGGUGUUCUGAACAGCAAUAACUAUGAGUCAGAGAUCCUCCAGAAUUACUUAGCAGCCAGAGGGAUGUCGUGGAGGGACAUGCUACAGGAGGGUCUUCGGGGCCUGCAACAGGGAACCUUCUAUCUCUCUGAUUAUCGCAUCAACAGUAACGCCAUAAUGUGUUUCUGCUGUGGCCUGCGUGCCUUCAAGGAGCUGGCCUACAAAUAUAGACAGAACAUCCCUGGCUCGGAGCUCCCAGCUGCUGUGACGUCUCGGCCUGACUGUUAUUGGGGACGCAACUGCCGGACUCAAGUGAAGGCACACCACGCCACGAAAUUCAACCACAUAUGUGAGCAGACGCGUUUCAAGAGCUGAAGAGCCUUGUGGGUGACCUGCUAUGCGAGGCUCCUCUCCAAUCACCGGAGAAAAGACUGAUUUCCAAGGAUCUCCUGUAUUACUCUCUGUCUCUAUACAAAGGGGUCCUUUUUUUCCCUCCCUUAUUAUGCAGCUCUUUGCCCUGAGGAAAAGUGUCUCUUUCUUAGGUAAUAACUUGUAGUUCUCUCGCAGGCUCUAUAGACUUUUGUAUUUGAUUAUAUGCAGAAAUUACAAUCAAACUAUUUUGUUAAGACUGUCUAGGUAAUGAUUAGCCCAGUCUUAUAGGCAUAGUAGGGGUGAGUGGGAUAAUACUAUGCACUCCACACAGUAGGACCGGAUUCCCCUAUAUGAUGAUGGACUAAUAUCUUAUGGGGUAUAUGAUCACCACCCUUCAUUACAGUAUCAUGUCCUUUUGGGUACAUGAUCAGUUUGAGGGAUAAAAUAAAAAAUACACUGAGAACAGUUGGCAAUCAAAAUGGACUUUGGCCAUACGUGUACUGUUACACACAGGAUGAAAUGGCAUGUUUUGUGACAGUAGCUUAGAAGGCAUAUAUUGAUAUUAGUAAGCUGACACUUUUUUUUUCUAUUUCCGUGUGCCUGAGUAGUUGGCACAUAAACAAAAAAAUAUGAAUUGAUUUUGUUUUUCUCUCAACUUGUGGUGUAGUGCUUUAGAUAUCUUGGGGAAUUCUGUAUUUGAAUUAGAAUCUAGAGCUUCCUACUUUUGUGAAAAUACAGCAGCAAAUGGUGUUCUAAA